UCCAUAGCGCCAGGGUCCAAACCUACCCUCCCUCUAGACUCAGGUACGUAGCGGUGGGUUAUACCCUUACCUACCUACAUCAUAGUCCACUUCGAGGAAAAAGUCACGAUACCGGUAAAAAUAUCAACACACCGGACAAACUAAAAUUUCGUACGUCUUCCCACACCCUCCUAUACCUACCUCCGACCUAAAUUAUACCAUCCGGGUUUACCUAUAGAUCUGCCAAGGUAGUCAUUCGUUCAGCACACAGUCGUUUCCCCUGACGUUUCCAUCGUCCUACAAGCCUAGCACACCCAUACCUAUACCUACCUGCUCGUCCCCAACGCCCUCUCCCGCCUCGAGUUGGUAGGUAUAGGUAUAGGUAUGUAUGUACGGAGGGCCGUACGAUGUCGUCGAACCUGACGACCCUCUUGCCCAAGCUCAAGCAGAGGCAAUUGGUCCAGCUCGCCCUCCUGUGCGGCGUCCAAUGCUCCGGCACCAAAGCGGACAUCACCGAGCACCUCGUUGGCGUCGCCCCCGCGAGGCCCGCCAAGCCAUUGGCCGCGCGGGACCGCCUGAUCCUGAGCAUCGACCCCGGCAUACGGAACCUGGGCUACAGCGUUCUCAGCCCGGCGGCUCCUGAGCGAACCAGGGGGAGGAGGAAGGCGGCGCCUCCGCUGACGGCGGCCUCCCUGCGCUACCCGCCGCGCGUCAUCCUCCACGCCUGGCGCCACCGGGACCUUCUCGAGGAGGCGGGGUACGACGAGGCCGAGGAGGCCGCUGCCGCCAAGUCCUUGUCCAAGACCCGGGCCAAAGCCAGGGCUAGGGCCAAGAUGGCGGAGUAUUUCAACCCGACGUCGCUGGCCGUGACGGCGGACCGGCUGCUGCGCGACGAGCUGGUGCUGCCGCUGCAGCCGACGCAGGUGCUCGUGGAACGGCAGCGGUGGCGCACGCACGGCGCCUCGGCGAUCCUGGAGUGGACGCUGCGCGUCAACACGCUCGAGGCGAUGCUGCACGCGUCGAUGCGCACGAUGCGCGAGUUGGGCCGGUGGACCGGCGACAUCGCCUGGGUCGUGCCCGAGCGGGUGGCGCGCCUCUGGGAGCCGAUCCUGCCGCCGCGGACGCCGCGGGCGCGGCGGGGCUCGGCUAAAAGGAGCACAGAUGAUGAUGAUGGUAACGAGGAAGGGGAGACGGAAGAAGAGGGGACCAAGAAGAAGAGAGGACGGCCGAGGAAGAAGACGACGAAAGCCGACGACAGCGCCGCGGCAGCGGACGUGAUGGAGGCCGAGUUCAAGGAGCUGCGCAGGACGAUGCGGUCGCAGGACAUCAAGAAGCACAAGAUGCGCGUGCUCCAGAACUGGCUGCUGAGCCCCGACAAGAUCAUCCAGCCGGCCGACGACGAGACGAAGGAGGCGAUCGAGAGGUUCCAAGACAGAUUCCGGCCGAGGCGCGCGCGCCAGGCGGCGAAGAGCGGACUACCGGCCGACGCGAAGGCGCGAAAGCUCGACGACCUGACCGACUCCAUCCUGCAGGGCAUGGCGUGGCUGAAGUGGGAGGAGAACCGGGCGCUGCUGCUCCGGGAGGAGCGGAUCCCCGAGCUCUUAGACUCGGACCUCUUGGAUUAAACCAAAAAGGGGAGCAAAUUCUGGGUAUUCCCGGAUAAACAGGCGUACGGAAAGCGCACGGUGCGACAU